GGAGACAUAUACAAAGGUUGAUGCAAGCACAAGGGCAAAGGCAAAUACCAUGAUGCCAUCCACUUCGAACAAGGAAAGAACAGCCCUCCAGAAUGAUCCAGGUCUCGAGCACAUGCCAGGAAAUCCACCUAAGAAAGAACCGCAAGCUCCCGGAUCGUCUUUCACAUCGACACCAUCGGCUCAACAGUCUCAUUCUCGCUCCAAACAGCAAGAUUCGCCUCCUUCCACGAAGGCGAGCAUGCCGUCGUCUUCGGUGCGACUGAAUCCCUACCACGACCACUCCGAGACCAACGAUGGCAUCCCUCCUCCUAUUUGUCUGGUCUCCACCUGCGAGGAAAUGAAUCCGUCGCGGCGGUCGUCCUUCGAGGAUUGCAGCAUUUACGCUCCGUCCGGAACCUGGGGCUGCCCCGACGCAAACAUGGCCAUGCUGGCCGUGGCGGACGGACACGGAGGGCGCGACAUUGUUGAGUUCCUCGAGGACGCACUCCUGUUUCACGUUUCUGCGGAACUUCAAAUAGAUCCGCCGGAAAACGUGGUCGCGGGAUCUGGUAGCAGCGCCAGUACCAGCACCGGUGGCAGAGAAAAACGCACAACAACGCAUGGCGACAGCAUACCGGCACGAUUGGAACGGGCCUUUCUGAUAACCGAUAUUCACUCGAAGACGAUGGGGUUGAUGAGUUCGGGCGCUACCGUAGCGAUGUGUCUAGUUACAAGGGGAUGCAACAACAUGUACAAAACAAAUACCGGCGACACCGAUCAAAACCAACACCAUGGCAAAAUCAGCGAAAGCAAUCCGGAAAACGUGUGGACCAUUUAUGCGGCGAAUGUCGGCGACGCUAGAAUUGUUUUGGGGCACGGGAAAAAGGCCCACCGGCUUACAAAAGACCAUAGAACAGACGAUCCGGAGGAAGUCCGACGGAUCGAAGACAGCGGGGGUUUUAUUUUCAAGGGAAGGGUUCUUGGGAUUUUGGCCGUAACCAGGUCCCUGGGAGAUCAUUGUAUGAAAGAAUACGUGAGUCCGAGACAGAACGAAAUGAAAGAGCGAGCGACGGACGGGGAAGCGUAUUGACUUGAUUGAACUUCUCAUCUUGGUAAAUUCUUCAAACCAUUCUUUUUUGCUGCUUUAGGUCAUUGCAAAACCAUACACAUCUGAAAACAGCAUCACGGUAGCACCUGAGACAGACGUAUCAUUCAUAAUGUGAGUCAUUUUUCAACACGAUGACAUACAUACACAGAUUUACAUUUCAGAUUUACACUCCAGACAAAAUACUUCUUGCCCGAUGCUGACUGAUGAGCUGUGCUUCGUUUUCCUUUCUGAUUCACGUUUCGAUUCCGGAUGGACGCGUUCUCGUUCUCGUGUCCAAUGCUCAAUGUAUUAUAUUGGUAUUUUAUUCCAAAAGUUUGGCGUGCGAUGGUUUGUGGGAUGUUAUAAAGGAUCAGGAGGCGGUCGACUUUGUUCUAGAUCGGAUAGCAGAGAAAGAAUUGGUGGCAAAAUAUUUGGUGGAAGAGGCCUUGAAGAGGGGUUCGACCGACAACAUUACCGUUUCUGUUGCCUUUUUCACAUAAAAGAAAGGACUGCAAUACAGUACUAUAAUGAUG